AACAACUGAACUCAAUUUAGCACUUUUGUGGACUGCAGAUGUUAUUUGUCGGCACACCGUUAUUCCAUUUACCUGCUUUAAUUGAUUUUCUCUUCUCCAACACUGUAAGAAGUAUUUAGGAGGUGAGUUUUCUGGUUAGUGUCACCUUAUUUUGUCCUCUGGCAGCAUAAAAUUCACUCACGACACAAGAUAAGAUAAGAUAAGAUUUUUUUCUGCAUGUGCAUUUCUGUACGAAUUCUCUUCACACGCAGAGUCAUUCAGUGAUCUGUGAUCCAGUUGAUCACCCUCCCUCUCACAUCUUACUGGGAAAUGAUUAAACUUUCGCUGCAAGUGACACAACGGGGGAAACCGAAAGUAUCUGAGCAGCUUCAAACUUUCGCUUUCGCUCCGAAGACCGCACUUAAUUUUAGGCUGGACUUCUGCAUUAAAGUUUACGCGGAGUCUGCUCAUCUUAAACUUUUAGAAACUCCAUUUUUAUCAUUAUGCUACGUUGUUACAUCCCCGUGAUUAAAGCCAUCUUUCAAGCUUGCGCAUAAAUAGUGAACAUUUUUCCGUCUGCAAGGUGGGGGGGACGCGAUUAAACCGCUCGAGCGACUUUGCACAUGCAUCCGACAUUUGAGAGAGAGGUCCGGGUCCUUUGAGACAGAAGAUGGGGACAGGGGCGAAGAUGCACAUGAAAGAGUGGCUGAUAGCUCAGAUAGAGAGCGGGGACUAUGAAGGACUGUGCUGGGAGGAUGAGGACAAAACCAUGUUCAGGAUCCCGUGGAAGCACGCAGCCAAGAAGGACUACAAGCAGACGGCGGAUGCAGCUCUCUUCAAGGCCUGGGCUGUGUACAAGGGCAAGUACAAGGAGGGGAGGGAUAAAGCUGACCCCACCAUGUGGAAGACCCGUCUCCGCUGUGCACUCAACAAGAGCGCAGACUUCCAGGAGGUACCUGAACGCAACCAGCUGGACAUCACUGAGCCCUAUAAAGUCUACCUUAUCCAGCAGGACAAUGGGCCAGCCAGGCCAGCAGAACCCCAGACAAAGGAUCAAAUGAUCAUCCAAGCUAAGCAGCCUCCACGGAGCCCUGGUUUUCCAGACAGACAGAAUCAAAAGGAAUCAUCCCAAGCAAGCAAAGAAGAAGGAAAACCACUGAGUGAGAAUCUGAUGAGGGAGCACAUGUACUGUGAGCCCACAGGACAAAAACCUCAGAGUCAGAGCGCUUCUCCCAUGACCUUCAUCAGCCCUGCAUUUACUAUAUCAGACUUUCGCAUGGAGGUGACGUUGUUGUACCACGGCCAGAGGGUGAUGAAAGCGACCACCAGUAGCCCAGACGGGUGCUUCAUCCUGCAGGGUUGUGUCCCCUUGGGAAAUGAACGUAUCUACGGGCCCUGCACUGCCCAGCAGCUCUCCUUCCCUUCGCCGAGCUCCGUAUCCCUGCCGUCAUGCAUGGCUGAAGCGAUGAACCGCCUUCUUUGUCAUCUGGAGAGAGGCGUGCUGUUAUGGGUGGCCCCAGAGGGGGUGUUCAUCAAGCGGUUCUGCCAGGGCAGGGUGUACUGGAGCGGUCCCAUGGCCCGGCACACUGACCGGCCCAACAAGCUGGAGCGAGAAAAGACGUGCAAACUGCUCGAUGUACCCACAUUUCUCAACGAGCUCCAGAGCUGUGUACAGGGGAAGGGCCCCGCACCUUCUUAUGAGAUUGAGCUCUGUUUCGGAGAGGAGUAUCCAGACCCCAGCGUGCUUAAAACCAGGAAGUUGAUCAUGGCGCAGGCCUGGGCUGUGUACAAGGGCAAGUACAAGGAGGGGAGGGAUAAAGCUGACCCCACCAUGUGGAAGACCCGUCUCCGCUGUGCACUCAACAAGAGCGCAGACUUCCAGGAGGUACCUGAACGCAACCAGCUGGACAUCACUGAGCCCUAUAAAGUCUACCUUAUCCAGCAGGACAAUGGGCCAGCCAGGCCAGCAGAACCCCAGACAAAGGAUCAAAUGAUCAUCCAAGCUAAGCAGCCUCCACGGAGCCCUGGUUUUCCAGACAGACAGAAUCAAAAGGAAUCAUCCCAAGCAAGCAAAGAAGAAGGAAAACCACUGAGUGAGAAUCUGAUGAGGGAGCACAUGUACUGUGAGCCCACAGGACAAAAACCUCAGAGUCAGAGCGCUUCUCCCAUGACCUUCAUCAGCCCUGCAUUUACUAUAUCAGACUUUCGCAUGGAGGUGACGUUGUUGUACCACGGCCAGAGGGUGAUGAAAGCGACCACCAGUAGCCCAGACGGGUGCUUCAUCCUGCAGGGUUGUGUCCCCUUGGGAAAUGAACGUAUCUACGGGCCCUGCACUGCCCAGCAGCUCUCCUUCCCUUCGCCGAGCUCCGUAUCCCUGCCGUCAUGCAUGGCUGAAGCGAUGAACCGCCUUCUUUGUCAUCUGGAGAGAGGCGUGCUGUUAUGGGUGGCCCCAGAGGGGGUGUUCAUCAAGCGGUUCUGCCAGGGCAGGGUGUACUGGAGCGGUCCCAUGGCCCGGCACACUGACCGGCCCAACAAGCUGGAGCGAGAAAAGACGUGCAAACUGCUCGAUGUACCCACAUUUCUCAACGAGCUCCAGAGCUGUGUACAGGGGAAGGGCCCCGCACCUUCUUAUGAGAUUGAGCUCUGUUUCGGAGAGGAGUAUCCAGACCCCAGCGUGCUUAAAACCAGGAAGUUGAUCAUGGCGCAGGUGGUACCCUCGUUCGCAGUGGAACUGCUGCAGAGGUCCCCCCUUGGAGAGAUGGAGGAGAAGCAGCUGACUCCCACCUCCAACACAGAAGGAGAGAGGAUGUAGCAAGACAGAGAAAGCUAUCCUGCACCACGGUAGCCAUGAACAAUUUACAAGUGGAUUACUGAAACUUUAUUCCUUCCCUGCCAUUAUCAUGAAAGACAUUCUAAGAGCAGAGCAAAAAGUACAGAGCAUCAUCAGUGGAGAUGUAUAUACGAUGAAGAAAUGAUGGAGACGCUGAGUUGUGUUCCUAGUCGCAAAUUGUAAAGCAAAUCAUUUCCUUUAUUUUUGCCUUGUAUUGAUUUUUUUUUCUGUCCAGCAUGGAGCUAGACUGGCAGGCCAUCAUUUGCUGUCAAAGCAAAUAUUUUGCUGCACUCAAUAAAACAUGUACAUUUUUUUUUGUGAACCCAUACUCUGCAUAUGCAUUAAAUGAUAAUUUAAUACAACACAUGCAGAUAAAAGGUAAUAAAUUGACACCUUAAAUUAAAUCUAUAAAGCUUUUUUCCUUUAUUUCUAGCGAACAUCAUUUAACAGAUUCACAAUUUUUAAAAAUAUACAUUUUUG